UCCGACACACUCCAUUGCUCCUUUACCUCUCUGCCUUCAAUCUCUUCGCUCCCAAGCUUCUCUUUCAUCUCUUAUCACGGAUCUCAUUUUCUUUGUUCCAAAACCCUCCCCCUCCCCCCCUCGAUCGCCAUUUUCUCUUCUCCUUUUCUAUUUCAUUUCGCUUUCUUUGAAAACCUCCCCAUUUUAUUGCCUUUUGCAAUUCCCUGUCCGAUCUGUUCGAUCAAAUCUCCCAGAUUUGAAUUCCAUUUCCGAAUAGAGGGCGAAAAAGAAAAAGGUUUCGGGGCGCAUAUAUUUAUAUACAUGUACCGCUCGCAGGCAAUAACCCAGAGCUCGCCGUGUUGUAUGGGUUCUAGGGUUUUGGUUUCGUUGACUUCUGAACGCGGAAUCUGAGUUUGCGCGUCGUGUCUUUCGAACGCGUUUUCUGCGUCGAUCUUCCAAUUCUGAGUACUGCGAUCUACGCAAACGCAACUCUGAGGUUGGUUGUUUUGCUUCCUGUGGAUGCUUUGUCUUACCGGUGAUAGCUUCUAGGGUUCCAGCUUCAGGCUUCAAGCCUCUAGGAUUUUCUUUCGCUUUCGAGCAAUUGGAGUUGGGGAUUUUCCAUGGAUAAUGAUAAAUCCUCUAUUUACGGUGGAGGUCUUCCGCCUUCGGGACGUUAUUCAGGCUUCUCACCUCCGGGAAGCUCUUUCAACGUGAAACCAGAAGCAUCCUCAUCAUCGUCAUCUUUUCCGCCGCUGGUACCCGGUACCAGCUCGGACUCUAGUGGCUUCAGUCAUGAUAUUAGCAGGAUGCCUGAUAAUCCUCCUAGAAACAGGGGUCAUAGACGGGCCCAUUCUGAGAUUCUCACCCUGCCGGAUGAUCUAAGCUUUGACAGUGACCUUGGUGUAGUUGGAGGUGCUGAUGGGCCUUCCUUUUCUGAUGAGACUGAGGAAGACUUGCUAUCGAUGUACCUUGAUAUGGAUAAAUUUAACUCUUCAUCUGCGACAUCUGCAUUUCAAGUGGGUGAAGCUGCUGCAUCAGUUCCAGCGCCAAAAUUGGAACCAACAGCAGGAAUUGUGGCCUCUCCUGUAGAGAAUGCUGGUAUUGAUGCUAAUGAAAGGCCCAGAGUUAGGCACCAACACAGCCAGUCCAUGGAUGGGUCGACAUCCAUUAAACCCGAGAUCUUAGUAUCAGGUUCUGAAGAAGGUUCUGCAGCUGAUUCCAAAAAAGCAAUGUCAGCUGCCAAGCUUGCGGAACUUGCCUUAGUUGACCCAAAGCGUGCAAAAAGGAUAUGGGCAAACAGGCAGUCUGCUGCGAGGUCAAAAGAGAGGAAGAUGCGCUAUAUUGCUGAGCUUGAAAGGAAGGUGCAGACCCUUCAAACGGAAGCAACAUCUUUGUCUGCACAAUUAACUCUCCUGCAGAGAGAUACAAAUGGGCUGAAUGCUGAGAACAGUGAGCUGAAGCUCAGGUUGCAGACUAUGGAACAGCAAGUUCACUUGCAAGAUGCUUUAAAUGACGCGUUGAAAGAGGAAAUACAGCAUUUGAAACUAGUGACGGGGCAGGCUAUGAUGAAUGGUGGACCUGUGAUGAACUUUGCUCCUUUUCGAGGAGGGCAGCAAUUUUAUCCCAACAAUCACGCCAUGCACACUCUCUUGGCAACACAACAGUUUCAACAACUCCAGAUUCAGUCUCAGAAGCAGCAGCAGCUUCAGCAACAUCAGCUGCAUCAGCUUCAGCAGCAACAAACGGGGGACUUAAAAAUGAGAACAACUACUCGUUCUCCAAGCCCCAAAGAUCGAAAUUCACCGGCAGCCAAGGAUUGUUGAGGAAUUCCCCAUCACUCCCUUAGUUUGUAUUUGCCUCAUACCUGGAGGCUGAUUAGGCUAUGGCCAUGUUAUAUUGAUUUAUUCCUAGCAGCUCUGCUUAUUGUCUGUCGUAGAGUAUUACAUUGAUUUGUUUGCACUUUUACCAUGUAAGAUCUAUAAGGUUGACUCGUGUCCGCUAAACCUUGUGGUUCUUUCGGUUGCCUUGAUGGCUCUUUUGAUAUGGUAGGCGGUUGUUUAUAUUUUCUGAUCAA